GGCGCAAUAAUUGCACGAGCUGGUCCAUGAGAAAGUUCUGCAGCACCCAGCCAGCGAUCCAGCUGACGUGACAGCUCAGAACCUGUAAAAUUCAAAUUCAAAAAACAAUAUUGGUUCAAAAUAACUGCUUACUCAGACAUAGUUUUUUCAUGUAAAAAGUAACCAGGUAACAAAUGUUUACUUUGCUUAGCAACAUGUUAGUUUAUUUCUUAUUUUAUUAUUGAAAAUGAAAUUAAAAAUAUAUUUUUUGCAUGAAAUUUAUUGAGAAAAAAUAAUCAAGAAUUAUUCAAUCUACUAAAUACAAAAAAGAAAAAUGACUGAUAGCGACAGCUCUAAUGUACUUUACGAUAUUAUACGGAAGGAAUUAAAUUCAAUUAUUAAUGAAAAUAGUGUUUUACAAACAAAUAAUGAUUCUAAGAAGUCUAUAAAAUUGGAUAGUAAUGAAGGCACACUUUCACAGCUACAUAAGUCCGCGAAAGCUGUGGCUGAAGGUGGUAACAUCACGAAGACACCUACUUCCGCGGAACAUCUGUCAACUAUGAUUUCAAACAAAAUUUUGCAACUACCUUCCAAUGAAACUCAAAGUGCAAGUAUUGACACCGACCUACAAAAGAUGCGUUACGAUUUACAACAAAGCUAUGAGCUUUUUCAAGCAAUGGGCGAACGAUUCCAAGCUAUCAAUUUUAGUUCACUUAAAAAUCGCAUUAAAGAUAUGAAUCUUAGUAAACAAGAUGGCACAGCAAAGUUAAAGGAAGAAAUGAAGGAUGUACUAGAAAAACAUUACAAUAAUAAUACACUGAAUAGUUUGACAGCAGAAAUGGCUGAAAAAUUCCAAAAUCAUCCUGGCGAAUUCGGAAAUAUACCGGAAUUGAGUGAAUUUUUCCAAACUUGCUCGCAAUUACAACAUGGUUUAGAGCAACUGAAACGCCAACGAAAUUCCGUUAGUGAAAUGACAAAACGUCUUUCCAAUGCUACAGAAGCCUCAUAUGCACGUAUAGAUCAUAUUUACAACAUAAUGAAUUCUACACAUCCAGGACAGAACCUCACAAAAUAUCAACAAGAUUCUUAGUUUAAGUCAGGUUUGGAAAAGUACCACAUACGUAGAUUGAACAAAUAUGUUUGCAUUCGGCCUUCUAUAAGUAUAUGUAAAUGUAUGUACAUACUUUACUGGAAUAUUUUCAUUUGCCCCAUGCAUUGUUUCACUUAUCAGAUUCACGUAAAUGCAAGUUUUGUCAUAUUAAUGAGCCCAUAAAUAUAUAUGUUUCCGAGCAAUCAAUACGAAACUGA